AGUCUAGUUCGCUUUCAACCCGGUUCAACAAGAGUUGUGAAAAUGCGUGGUUGCUAACUACGAUUCUCUUUUUAUCACGACUUUAUUUUUUUAUGUAAUAACGACAUAAAAGUCAGACUCGUAAGAAUAUAUAUAUAUAUUUUUGGGGGGUUUUUACCGUUUUUUGUAAACAUUGUCUAGUCAACUACAAAUAUACCGUUGCGUAUCAAAUGUUUUUCCGACACUGUGUUGCUAACGGGUUGCUAACCAGCUAGCUAACGUUAGCCAUGCUACCUAUCUAGCUUGUAUUAACACGAAAACUACUGGAAUAAUAACAACAACAAACAAACAAAAACGAAACGGUGUUUAAUUCCAUCUAUUUAACUCGUAAAAUGUACCACUUGAAUCGUCGACUUUUGGUUGACAAACCGUUUUUAAGUUGGUGAGUUUGGUUGCUAACCAGCUAGCUAACGUUAGCCAUGCUACCUAUCUAGCUUGUAUUAACAUGAAAACUACUGGAAUAAUAACAACAAACAAACAAACACUAAACGGUGUUUAAUUCCAUCUAUUUAACUCGUCAAAAAAAUUUGGAAUCGUCGACUUUUGGUUGACAAACCGUUUAUAAAUUAGUGAGUUUGGUUGCUAAGUGGUUAACCUAGCCUAGCCUAGCCACAUCACAACAUAACCACUUGACAGACAGCCAGCUAACUAACUACCGUAAGGACGGUAACCGGUUACCGGUCUCACUUCUACAAACUUAACAGUUAUGGAAGUUAAAUAAUGACAAAUAACCAACUCCAAAUGUAACCUUUUUAAUUAUAUUUAAACAAAAAAUAAAAUAAAAAAUGUCAGCCAGUGGUUUCUCCGACUUGAGGGAAAAGCUGAAGUCCAUGACUCCUCACCGGGACAAUUAUAAAAACAGAGUUACCGGUAAGGACGACAGUUACAAAAACCGAAAAGUUAAAGUUACCGACGGAGGUAACAGUAACGGGAACGGCCGGAAGCGGAAGCACCGAGAUUCCUCCGAGGAUGAGGUGGAACGCAGUGAUCCUGUGGAGUCCCGUGAACAGGAGGCGAGGCGUGUCCAGAGUGGCAUUGUUCAGGUAGAGGUCUUCUCUAAAGAGGACUGUGACGUCAUUGAGGGGAAGAUAAAUGAGGUGGUUGCUAACGGAGAAGCGGGGCUUUACCGGGAACACACCGUGGAUCGGGCACCGCUACGGAACAAAUAUUUCUUUGGAGAGGGCUAUACAUACGGGGCCCAGCUAGAGAAGAGAGGACCUGGUCAGGAGAGAUUGUACCCUAAAGGAGAGGUGGACGACAUCCCGACCUGGGUUCACGACCUCGUCAUCAAUAAACUGGUCGCCAGCGGGGUCGUACCUGAAGGUUUUGUGAACUCGGCGGUGAUCAACGACUACCAGCCAGGCGGCUGCAUCGUGUCGCACGUCGACCCGCUUCACAUCUUCGCCCGGCCGAUCGUAUCCGUUUCCUUCUUCUCGGACUCGGCCCUCUGCUUCGGCUGCCGCUUCCAGUUUAAACCAAUCAGAGUGUCCGAGCCCGUCCUGGAGCUUCCUGUCAGGAGAGGAAGUGUUACUGUCCUCAGUGGCUACGCGGCUGAUGACAUCACCCACUGUAUCCGCCCCCAGGACAUCAAGGAGAGACGGGCCGUCAUCAUCCUCAGGAAGACGAGGCCGGACGCCCCCCGUGUAGACCAGAGCCCCUCCCCCCCUGAGAGACACGCCCCUCUGAAGGCCAAACGCUCUCACCGCAGAGCUGACCCCGACGCUGCACACAGACCGAGGGUUCUGGAGAUGGAUAAAGAGGAGAAUCGUCACUCUUCCUCUUCAUCCCGCCUUCAUCGCCGUAGCAACAGCUCCGAGAACUACCGGAGGCGGAGCCAAGACGGCGACGGGUCACGCAAGGUCAAGAUGAGACGUCACUGAAACACACCUGGCGGACUAGAUGGCCUCAGAGAGUGUGUGUGUGUGUGUGUGUGUGUGUGUGUGUGUGUGGGCGUUGGAACGUCACUCUGUUAAAUCCCCCCCCUGCAUGCUAGGAUGGAUGGAACACGCCACGAGGCUAUCAGCCAAUCAGAGACUGACCUGAGGACAUGGGGUGGGGUUUACAGUAAGACUGUGGGAAGUUCUGUUGUUGCCGUGCCGACCACCCCGUUUCCCCCCCCCCUCUCUGUGGAGAGGAGAGGAAAUGGUGUUUCUGUAGGAACUUCCUCCUCCAUGCUUCAUUGGUCAGAGACCUAUGGGGAAAUGAAUGGUGUUUGUAGGAAUUUCCUCCUCCAUGCUUCAUUGGUCAGAGACCUAUGGGGAAAUGAAAGGGUGUUUCUAUAGGAACUUCCUCCUCCUCCAUGGUUCAUUGGUCAGAGACCCUAUGGGGAAAUUAAUGGUGUUUCUAUAGGAACUUCCUCCUCCAUGGUUCAUUGGUCGGAGACCCUAUGCGGAAAUGAAAAGGGUGUUUCUAUAGGAACUUCCUCCUCCUCCAUGCUUCAUUGUUCAGAGACCCUAUAGGAACUUACUCCUCCGUGCUUCAUUGGUCAGAGACCCUAUGGGGAAAUUAAAGGUGUUUCUGUAGGAA